AUGGGUGAAGAGCGUUGCUUCCGGAGGCAAGAACUGGAGGUCUUGGACACACUCAAAGCAGCUCUCCAACUCUACCUCCACAACUUCAACUUCAUCGUCUUCACUCUCUUCACUUCCAUCCCGCUAUUUACUUUGUCAGUAUACUAUGAAAUAAUCGUCCACAAGACCCUGUACGAAGUUUCAGAGUCCUUCGGAGGAACUCUCGCUCACUCAUAUGACCUCGAUAGGCCUCGAUUAGUUAGUUUCGCAGAGACUCUUCCCAAGAUCAUCCGAGUUUUUCUGCUUUACUUGGUGCCGUACCAUCUCGUAGACCUCUUCAGCUUAGUCUUGACGGUCGAUGCGGCAUCGGAUCUGAUCGGUGCAGAGGAGGAGCCGGCCAGUCUCAAGAACGUCACCCUGAAAGCUCUCAAGAAGGCCCGGUUCAGAGGCCCCUUCAUCACAUCCCUGUACGUUCACUUGUUCUCCAUCUGUACUUUCAUUGGGCUGAUGUGGCUAGUCGUAAAUCACCAGGUUCUAUUAAAGGUCGUGUUCUCCUCUCCCUACUGGGAAAGAGGGUACUUCGGAGAAGCCUGGUUGGGUAUAGUCCAUGGAGUGGCUUUCAUGGCCCUGCUCAUGAAGUACAUGGACUGGAGUGCUGAGUGGAACAUGGGUCUGGUCGUUUCAAUCUUGGAGGACUCGUAUGGGAGUGAAGCGAUGGAGGUCGCUGCUUACUUGAGCAAAGGGAACAAUAAAAAGGGUGCUCUUCUGAUGUUGGUGUUCUUCUUGUGGGGACUCUGUCUGAGGUUGCCAUGCCUCUACGGCAAGUGUAGCGAGAGAAAUGGUGGGGUUUUGGUCAUUAGCGUGGGGAUGUGUCUGGUUUGUGUGGGGAAUGUGUUCAAGUGGACAACUUGCUUGCUGUACUUCAAUGAGUGCAAGAAGAGGGUUAUGGAGAAGAAGUUUGAUGAGGAAGAAGGGAAGGGUGUUGUGCAAGCGAUGGUGCAGGAGAAGACGAGAGUCGUGCAUUCAGAAGCUGAAGCUGUUGGCAGUGCCUGA